GAGAAGAGGAUAGUGUUGACUUCAUCUACCAAUUUGUGAAGAAAAGAUCUGUUGCCAAGAACCACCAAAAUAUUAGCAUAUUUCAUACUGCUCCUGACAUAAUUGGGCCACCCAAAUUUCCAAACUAUGGAGAACUAUUUCAUUUACCAUUUUUCCUUGGACAUAUGUUGAGGAAUAAUGAUGUCGAUAUAUCGCAAUAGCUCCAUGGCAAAACACAGAGCCUAUGAGGCGGCUUGAUUUUGUACGAUGGUAUGAGGCGACGAUCGAAAAUAAUUAUAUUGAUGUCGAAUUUCAUGAAGCUGAUCCAAUCAGAGUCUCUAUAUACGAAGUAUAUAAUCCUGGAAACGUGAUUCAAAUUUGGGCUCAAGAUCCUAAUAAACAGUGGUUUCAGUUGUGGAAUGGAUCGUCUCAGAUUGUACCCCCGACAUCAAGAUUAUUCUCUCCACCCUUAUCACAUCCGUGCUACUUCAAAACUAAAAUGCUCAGACUAGUAUUUGAGAACAGCUCACCUAAAUCUUACACAAAGCUAGAUGCUGUGAUGCUCAUUGGUACAUCAGAUUUGAUCCUUCCUAGAUAUCCUAGAGAAAGUUUACAAAAUCUGUUAAAAAAUUUUAACUGCAUGUACUCUCCAUGCCAUGACGAUGUUCAUAAUUUAACAGCAGAUUUAAAAAGUGCAUACUCUGAUAUAGUACAUCUCCAACAGAAUUUUCCCGAAUAUUGCUUUAUUUGCAAAAGAGGUCUAUGGAUUUGUCAAGAAGUAAUUCUUGCUGGUUAUGCGCAACCAGUUAGACAAAGAGAUUCGCGUCGCAUUUUAUUAAAAAGUCAUUCGAAUUAUGCAAAGCGUAUGAAACUCUUUUCGGAUGAAUCCAAGGUGCUACUACGUUGCAGUUUGUCUGCGCUUCCUGAUGAAAUGCUAUUAAAAAUAUUAAAAAACUUAGAUUUGACGACGUUAUGCCGCAUGAGUAAAAUAAAUAGGCGCUUCAAUUAUUUAACACGGGAUCCUGAACUCUAUACACGGUUGAACAUGCGAAAUGUAUCUCCCAUAUGUAUCAAUAUAUUUCGUUACUUUACAUCUAGAUGUAAAUAUUUGCAACAGUUAGAUCUUACAGCAAGCAAAUUUCAUGUUAAGAAUUUCGUAAAGUUUCUUGAUAAUUGCGGCAGGCGUUUAACGCACUUAAGAUUAAGUUACUGCUAAUCUGUUCACAAGGUUGUCCUAUUUAAAAUUUCAGAGAUGUGUAAAAAUUUGAAAGAAUUGGAUCUAAAUAAUUGUCUUAAGAUAAACGACGAAGGAUUUUCGUGUCUCGAAAAGCUAAAUAAUUUGGAACAUUUAAAUCUUUGUGACACACGUAUAACAUCUGAACGUCUUUGCAAAAUACUGCAAAAAAAUCAACGGAUGCGUGAGUUACAUUUGGCACCUGUAUUGCGUACAAACCUAGACAUAGACGCAGUUGCAAUAAAAUUGAGAUAUUUAUGUCCUAACUUGAAAGCAAUAAAUUUACAUAGGACACUUAAUCAUACAUCGAAAAGUAUUAACGCUUUCGCUGACUGUAAGAAUUUACGAAAAGUGUACCUUCCCUUAUACGGAUACCCAAUCGCUGCUGAUAGUUUGUACAAAUUACUUUCUUCCUGUCAACGCUUAGAAGUAGUUUGUUUGUGCCGUAUUGUCCUCACUAAUCGCAAUUUGGAAUUACUAACGCAGUGCAGAAACUUGGGACGAUUAUAUCUGUUUCGGGUGGAACUUGAUACACCUGAUAAAUAUUCCAUUAUUUUAGAACAAUGUUCAAAACUGCAAGAGUUUUAUCUUAUAUUCUGUAAUAUUAGCGAUUGCUUGGUUAACCAAUGGAAGGAAAGAUAUCCACAUGUGUCCGUCUAUACGUUCGACAAUGAUACAUACGACGGCGUAAAUCUAGAUUUGUGUGUAGAUCGUAGAGAAAGUUUGGCUAUUUUGAAUCACUCUUUUUUAAUACAACUUGAAAACUGUUAAAGAUAGCUGAACUUUGUUUACGCUGAGUUGUAAUGCCAAAUGUUUGUUAUAACGUGUUUCUAGCCAAUUUUGUUUAUUUAUAGUAAGUUUAAUGUUACAACAAAAUUUUCGAAGGUAGAUUUUUGUCGAGUAAUUUGAACUAUGUUGGGCAAGGUGAAUUACUUUAUUAAUCUGGCAAAAAAUAAUUUUUAUCGU